GGCAAAUUGACAGUAUGGCGGCGGAGUGCAGCUGGAAGGAUGCUACUGUCUCCCAUGAUGUUUGUAUCGCCGGCAGUACGUAACUGGACUCCUGACGGCCCAGAGACGAGAGGAUUGAGUGAGAGCGGCCCGUCGCCCUGAGCUCCGAACAUGGCCCGGCUCGCAGACUACUUUGUUGUGGUCGGUUACGACCUCGACAACCGAGUGGAGGGUGAGGGUCAGGGUCGCAUUCUCCAGCGGUUUCCUGAGAAAGACUGGGAGGACAGCCCGUUCCCACAAGGCGUAGAACUGUUCUGUCAGCCCAGUGGAUGGCAGCUGGUUCCAGAGCGGCAGCCGGCCUCCUUCUUCGUCGCCGUGUUGACUGACAUCAACUCGGAGCGUCACUACUGUGCCUGCUUUACUUUCUGGGAGGGCUUGGAUAAUCCCCAGCUGAAGAAGACUGACGCUGGUGAUGCCGAUGAGGCAGACGAAGAGCCGGCUGUUGUCCAACCUGCCAAAGUCUUUGCACCUAAAAGCUUGGUGGUGGUUUCUCGGCUCGAUUACACAGAGGCGUUCAGGAACUGUCUUGGUCUGAUCUACACCGUUCAUGUAGACGGCCUGCCCACCCCUUUAGAAACUGUGAUUGGAAACCUUCUGACGUGUGUCAUCCCCAUCGCCGGAGGCUCCCAGAGGACGAUAACAUUAGGUGCUGGAGACCGGCAAGUUAUCCAGACGCCCAUCAAUGACGCCCUUCCUGUCAGCGGCAGCAGCGUGGCCCAGCUCUUUAGGCAGCUCGGUAUAGUCAACGUGUUGUAUCUGUUUUGUGCCGCGUUGACGGAGCACAAAAUCCUGUUUCUGUCCAGCAGCUACCAGAGGCUAACGGACGCCUGCCGAGGGCUGCUAGCCAUCAUGUUCCCGCUCAAAUACAGUUUUACCUAUGUUCCAAUUCUACCUGGGAAGCUCCUGGAGGUCCUGAGCACCCCCACCCCCUUCAUUAUCGGAGUGAAUUCAUUCUUCCGUUCAGAGACACAAGAACUGUUGGACGUGAUCAUCGCUGACCUUGAUGGAGGCACCGUCACCAUCCCUGAAUGUGUCCACAUCUCUCUGCUGCCUGAACCUCUGCUGCAGCAGACCCAGACCGCCCUGUCCAUGGUUUUGGACCCGGAGCUGGAGUUUGCAGAUCAGGCGUUUCCCCCACAGUCCCUGCAGCCUUCAGCUCUGAAGAUCCAGGAUAAGGAAAUCCGAGCGGUCUUCCUGUGGCUCUUCGCUCGGCUUUUCCAAGGCUAUCGUUGGUGUUUACAUAUCAUCCGAAUUCACCCAGAACCUGUAAUCCGCUUCCAUAAGGCGGCCUUCCUGGGUCAGAGGUCAUUGACAGAGGACGACUUCCUCAUGAAGGUGUUGGACGGGAUGGCGUUCGCUGGCUUUGUGUCGGAGCGCGGCCCUCCUUACAGGGCCACCGAUCUCUUUGAUGACCUUGUUGCCAACCAGGUGGAGAGAAUAAGACAAGAAGAGGCCUGUCCACACAAAGUCAUGAAUCACGUCAAAGAGUUGGCAGAGAUACUUUUUAAGAACGAGAAUCCCUACCCUGCAGUUGCUAUGCACAAAGUCCAGAGGCCAUCAGAGAAGAGCCAAAACACGAGCCAGAGCCAAACUCCCUUCCCCGUCCUGGAUGAUGUGUCGGUACAGCUCUUCAUCGAUCAUGCGAUUGCCAAGCUCAAGACCGCCCCUCCUGUCGUCAAGGCAGAGAUGAAGAGCAUGGUGCCGUCCGGGCCUCCGCUGGGAGACAUUAUAGACAGGAACGGGAACGUGAUGGCUAACAGCGCUCGCAGGCUGGAGGUGGUCAGGAACUGCAUCACCUACAUCUUUGACAAUAAGAUGCUGGAGGCCAAAAAGCUGAUGCCAGCUGUGCUGCGGGCGUUAAAAGGUCGCACAGCUCGGGUUUGUUUGACCCAGGAGCUGAACCAACAUGUUCUCCAGAACCGGGCUGUGCUGGAUGACCAGCAGUUUGACUACAUCGUUCGCAUGAUGAACUGCACUUUACAGGACUGUUCCCAUAUGGAUGAACACGGCACAGCAGCCGCUCUGCUCCCUCUGGUCACCGCUUUCUGCAGAAAACUGGGUGCAGGCAUCACGCAGUUUGCCUACAGUUGCGUCCAAGAACAUACGGUGUGGACCAACAUGCAGUUCUGGGAGGCCAUGUUCUACAGCGAUGUUCAGAACCACAUUAGAGCUCUGUACAUGGAGGCAGAUGAUGGAGAGCAGCAGAACAACUCGCUGGACCAGCAGGAUUGGUGUGCUACCGAAAGGGAAGUCAGCGCAUUGGAGCUGGCAGCAGAACAAAACCGGCUGUGGCCGACCCUCAGCAAAGAGAUGCAGACAGAGCGCGUGCAGAAAGAAGAGAGCACGGUGUUCAGCCAGGCCAUCCAUUACGCCAACAGGAUGAGCUACCUGCUGCUGCCGCUGGACACCAGCAAGAACCGCCUGCUGAGGAGCGCUGGCCUCGGAGACGUGGAGAGCGUCAGCAACAGCUACGUCACCAACAGUAUCGCAGGCAGCAUGGCGGAGAGCUAUGACACAGAGAGCGGCUUUGAAGACGCAGAGAGCUCCGACGUGGCCAACUCAGUGGUUCGCUUCAUCAACCGCUUUGUAGACAAGGUGUGCAACGAGAGUGGCGUGACCAACGAGCACCUGAAGGCGCUCCACGCCAUGAUCCCAGAUAUCGUUCAGAUGCACAUCGAGACGCUGGACGCCGUCCACAGGGAGAGUAAGAGGCUGCCUCCCAUCCAAAAGCCCAAGCUGCUAAGGCCGACUCUGCUGCCCGGUGAGGAGCUGGUGAUGGACGGCAUGCGGGUCCACCUCAUCCCCGAUGGCCGUGAGGAGGCCACGGGGCAUAUGGGAGGCCCCCCCCUUCUUCCUGCAGAGGGCGCCAUCUUUCUCACCACCUACCGGCUAAUCUUCAAAGGAACGCCGAGUGAUGCAUUGGUAGGGGAACAGAUUGUGACUCGCUCAUUUCCCGUCGCGUCUCUGACCAAGGAGAAGAGGAUCUCCGUCACAUUACCCAUGGACCAGUUUGUCCAGGAGGGCCUCCAGCUCCGAUCCUGCACCUUCCAGCUUAUGAAGAUCGCCUUUGAUGAGGAAGUGGCAUCAGACCUGGCUGAGAGUUUCAGGAAACACCUCCAUAAGCUGCGCUUUCCUCAGCACGUCCAGGGAACCUUUGCUUUCACAGUGGGGCAGAGCGGCAAGCUGGUGUUGGAGCCCAAAACCAAGGACAAGAAUCAGUCCUUAAGGACACUUUCCAAGAACCUGGUGAAGAAUGCAAAGAGGACCAUCAGUCGACAGUACGUCACCAGGAAGAAGGAGUCUCCGCCAUCCUGGGAGAACAGGAGCAGCUUCCAGUCUGAGCUGGAUGAAGAUGAAAUAUCAGUCUCAGAGGAGGUGGAUCAAACCACCAUGACCCUGUCCUCCACCAUCCGCUCCUCGGACAGACAGACUAUGAGCAACGUGGUAGAGCGUGCCUGUUGCCGUGACUACCAGCGCCUGGGUUUGGGCACGCUCAGCAACAGUCUGACGCGAUCUAAGAACGAGCCGUUCAGGAUCUCCACAGCCAAUCGCAUGUACACCGUUUGCAGGAGCUACCCCGGCCUGCUGAUCAUCCCCCAGAACAUCCCAGACUCCACCAUCCAUCGGAUCUGCCGCUGCUACCGACAGAACCGCUUCCCCGUGGUCUGCUGGAGACAUUCCCGAACCAAGGCCGUCCUGCUGCGCUCGGCAGGGCUCCACGCCAAGGGGGUGGUCAGCUUCUUCAAGUCCCCCAACACCACGACUGCAGUCCCGUCUCAGGCAGACUCUACCAGCCUGGAGCAGGAGAAAUACCUCCAAGCCAUCAUCAACUCCAUGCCCUCCUACAGCGAGAGCACAGGCAGGAACACUCUGAGCGGCUUCACCUCCACCCAUAUGAACACCUCCGGGAAGUGGGGCAGUAUCCGGGGCAGCAGCCGUCUAAGUGCCUACAACCCAGACAUCGGGACGCGUUUGGCUGGGAAAGAAUCUCCGCAGCCCAAUGGAGGACCCAACGACCCGUUAUUCCUGCGGCAGCAGAAAGCCUACCUCUACAUCAUCGGGGAUAAGGCCCAGCUUAAGGGAGGGAAGCAGGACUCGUUCCAGCAGUGGGAGGUGAUUCCCAUCGAGGUGUGCGACGUGCGGCAGGUGAAGAACAGUUUCAAAAAGCUGAUGAAGGCCUGCGUGCCGAGCUCGGCGAACACAGACCCCAAUACAAGCUUCCUGCGCCUCCUGGAGGACUCGGAGUGGAUGGCUCUGCUGCACAGAGUGCUGCAGGUGUCUGGUUUGGUGGUGGAGCUGCUGGACACGGGUUCCUCUGUCAUGGUCAGCCUGGAGGACGGCUGGGACGUCACCACACAGGUGGUGUCUCUGGUGCAGCUGCUGUCGGACCCGUACUACAGAACCUUUGAUGGCUUCCGGCUGCUGGUGGAGAAGGAGUGGUUGUCCUUCGGCCACAGGUUCAGCCACCGGGGGGCGCAGACUCUGGGCAGCCAGAGCAGUGGCUUCACCCCCGUCUUUCUGCAGUUCCUGGACUGUGUGCAUCAGAUCCACCUUCAGUUCCCCAUGGAGUUCGAGUUCAGCCAGUACUACUUGAAGUUCCUGGCCUAUCACUAUAUGUCCAACCGCUUCCGCACCUUCCUGCUGGAUUCCGACUACGACCGGAUCGAACUAGGCGUGUUGUACGAGGAGAAAAGCGACAGGAGGAACCCUCAGGUGUGCAAGUCUGUGUGGGACUACAUUGACAGGCUCAACAAGAAAGCCCCCAUCUUCUUCAACUACAUGUUCUCCCCAGAGGAUGAGGAGGUCUUGCGGCCGUACACGUUUAUCUCCAACCUGAAGGUGUGGGACUUCUACCUGGAGGAGACGCUGUCUGAGGGCCCCCCCUUCGACUGGGAGCUGAAGAGCAGGCAGGAGCGGCUGGCGGAGGAGACGGCGGAGAAAGCCGACACCGCUGCUCCAAAAUCCCAGCGGCGCGUCGUGUGGCCGUGUUACGACAACGUGAGCAAGGAGUUGCCCGACGCCAUCACCAAACUCCUGCAAGACCUGCAGAACCUGGAAGCGGAGCUUGGACAGACGUCAGAGAAAUGGAAGGACACGUGGGACAAGAUCAAGACCACGCAGAGGACUGAGACCAAACUGGAGAGCAAACUAUCGUUCUCCAGUUCUCUGUUGAUGUCCUCUAACCUGAGCCACCAGCGGCGUUCCCAGGGCGUCUGUCUGCAGGAGAGUGGUGUGGGAUCAUCCAUCAAGCUGGGACUGGACUGCAAGGCCAGCGCCACGUCCACGCCUGUGGCGGGGCGGCAGAGCACGAGCACGCUCUACAGCCAGUUCCAGAGCACCGAGAGCGAGAACAGGAGCUUUGAAGGCAUUUUGUACAAAAGAGGAGCGUUGCUGAAACCAUGGAAACCAAGGUGGUUUGUGCUGGAUAAGACGAAACACCAGCUGCGAUACUACGACAGCAGACAGGACAAAGAGUGCAAAGGUGUCAUCGACCUGGCAGAGGUGGAGUCGGUCACAGUAGGAACACCUACCAUGGGGGCACCAAAAAACGUUGAGGAGAAAGCCUUCUUUGAUCUGAAGACGGCCAAGCGGAUGUAUAACUUCUGUGCCCAGGAGAGUUCCAACGCACAGCUGUGGAUGGACAGUAUUCAGAGCUGCCUGUCAGACGCCUAGAAAAGAGGCGGGGCUUUAAACUCACCCAGGAACUAACAGGGAGCGUUGCUGUGCCUGCUGGAUUUCUCUGCUGAACAACCUCAGCAGAACAAAGAGGGAAAGGGGCCUUUCACCACUGAUCACUAGUGUUGAACUAAUAAUCUGUCACAUGUUACAGUGUUUCUGUUAGUAAAGAGAAAAGCAGUCCCAGAGGGAGUCUGAACACGCUGUCUGGGCGCCAUCCUGCAGCUUGGAGCGGCGCCACCUUCCUUCCAGACCCUCCUCCUGUAAACUACCACCUGUCCCCUCUCUACUAACCCCCCCUCCCACUCACACUUUAAGGAGGAAUGACGGAGGAGCUGCAGACCGCCAAGCUGCUCACUGAACUCAUUAGACUGCCUGGUUGAUGGACCAAAUCUGCCCUGAGGAUGACCUCAUAAAGCUCUGCUCCCACUGCCCCAUGCAGCCCACCCAUAGGAUGCUCUGGCCAGCAUGUUGCCCUGGAGACGGUGGAGCAGGAGAACUCUGCAACGGUUCAUGAAGGAUUUCCUUUUUUAUUUUGUUUUGGGGUUUUUAAAAACAGAAGGAGCAAUCUCCCGUUAGCUGUUCUCCUCAACAUGCCCAGGAAUGAAGAUCGACCCAGAAGAAUCGGCUGGAGAUCCAGAAUAAAUGUUUACAUAAAAGAUGAACGUUUCCUCGCUCGGCUCGGCUUUGCUCGCUUUUACCAAACCACUACUACAACGGAGAUGUUUAAGGGAAGCAGAAGGAAAAGGAGGGAUUUCUAUCAUGUCUUUGAAACAAUCUGAAGGCGGGAGGUGGGGAUGAGGGGCUGGGUCGGCCGCAGAGGUGGGAACCAGUUGGAAAAGGAAAAUUCUUUUCUUUUAGACCAGAGUAGUUCAGUUUUCUACUUCUUCUCAAUCGUUCCGUUUCCUUUACUGCGAUGAAACUAAACAGCCUUGGAGCCUGGAUGGAGAAAGCUGCCAUCAUUUUCCUUUAACUUUGCUACCAAGGCUGCAGCCCCCCCACCCCCCUCCACCAUCCCUCUGUUUGUAUCAUACACCUCUACUGCUGUCUGAACAGAAACUGUAGUUUAUUUGUGUCUUAACAGCUCCUGUGUAUAUACUACUCCAGAUUUGUAUGUAACAUUUAUGGUAGUAAUUUAUUUAACUUGUCUCGAGAAAAGCACCACUUUGUGUUGAAAUUAGGAAUUCAAUGUGCCAUUUAUUUCUGUAUUAAUGUGACUAAUACCUUUUUUUAAUGCGCAAGUAAACAUUUAUUGCUCUUUUAUUUGUUUACACAGUCAUUAUUACUUUGAUCAGAGAUCUGAGGCGGUGUUUGAGUAGAGGAGUCUCUGGGUUCCGUCAUCACCUAGAGGGGUUUUAUUGUUCCCCUAAUAAAAAUAAAUAUCAGACAUCAAACCCUCCCUGAUUCUGUUCUGCUCGCCGGCUGCGUCAUCGCCAACCGCUGGCAUCAACAUCACCUGGGAAAUGUUUGAAAAACAAAGCAGCAGUUUUUAGUAUUUCUUUAUGAGCAUCAAUUGUUUCUGAUGUUGGUGCUGCUCAGUGGCACAGUGCAGCAAGAAGGUCCUGGGUUCGAUUCCCAGCCCGGGUCUUUCUGCAUGUUCUCCCUGAGCAUGUGUGGGUUCUCUCCGGGUACUCCUGCUUCCUCCCACA